CGUAUGAGCAGACAGAUGAGUCAUAACACGAUAUGAAAGUAGCCAUGUAAAUGAUAUUGAAAGUCCGCUGUUUCCCUCUUUCCUAGAAACAGAACCGAAAGUAGACCAUGUGGUUGAUGAAAAUUCCGACACGUCAGCUCUGAUCAACACUCAUGUCCACCGCACUACUUCCAAGAGCCCUUCAUUGAAUAGACGGUUUUCACCCAGUGACACAACAAUGGGGGUAAGUGUUACUGUUUUCACCCAGUGACAGAACAAUGGGGGUCAGUGUUACUGUUUUCACCCAGUGACAGAACAAUGGCGGUAAGUGUUACUGUUUUCACCCAGUGACACAACAAUGGCGGAUUCUCAAGUUGUGGACUUAAACGUUGGUGGUCGACAUCUGACAACCUCCCUGUCUACCCUCACCAAGUACCCGGACUCCAUGUUGGCCACCAUGUUUAGUGGAAGGCAUCCGGUAGCAAAGGACAAAGAUGGCCGCUACUUCAUAGAUGUAGAUGGAGAUGUGUUUGUUCAUAUCCUCAACUUUCUGAGAUUCGGGAAAAUGCCUCCACCCGAAAGAGCAUCAGAGGUUAAUGAAUAUGCGGAGUACUUUGGAUUAGAGGAACUGAGGGCACCUGUCCUCGAAGAGUUUGAACAAGUGCUAUACGGAAUAUGGAAAAAGAAGCUACCUGACUACCAAAGUCUUUGGGAUUGUGUGAAAAGUAAAUUGAACGAUAUCAACACAAGUUACUUUUACAUUCGCACAAGAAGUUUUGAUUGUCAACACUUAAGGAUUACAGAAACAGUGACCCCAGGCAAUUAUGACACCAUUGCUUUAGAAUUCGACCCAAACCCAUCUAUCGUUUUCAAUCUUCUUGCAGUCGACCUGAAAAGACGUAAUAUCUUCACCGACUCUUGUCUGAGGGUAUGCCCGCUAUGUGGUCGCAAAGCAGCAAUGGGAUUCAGAAUUGGACGGUGA